CGUGAGGACACGUAGAAAACAGAGCACAUGAUCAGCUGGAAGUGCAAAUUCCUGAAGCCCAUCAACAUAGCUUUCUAGUCGUGUUGUCGAGUAAAUAACAGUCGUUUGUCCAUUAUAAAUAGCUUUUUGUUGAUUUGCCAUGGAGUCUACGCUUGAACAGCAUCUUGACGACACUAUGAAAAAUCCUGCCAUCGUUGGCGUUCUGUGCACGGACCAACAAGGACACAAUCUAGGCUGCAGAGGAUCUCUGUCGGAUGAGCAUGGCGGUGUGGUGUCUGUCUUGGCGAGGCAAGCGGCCACUCUCACCCGAGACCCAACGGAUUUAACUCCCACUGUGUGUCUGGAGUCUGACUCUGGCAAUGUUUUGAUAAGAUCACAUGGAACCAUCACAGUAGCCGUCCACAAGAUUGCGUCGUGAAGAACGAAUGCCCUCGUUUCCUCAUCGUAUUUAUUGUUUUCCUGUCAUUUGGUUGCAGAAUUUGCCACAGCUUGGUUAGGCAUCCUUGUAUUUGUCUGAGAUAUCAUAACAUAAUGUGGGGUAUACACUGGGCAGGGAUUGGUUUGUGAAUAAUGAAAUGUUUUUUUUGCCACAGCAACUCCACAUUAUAAUUGCUGAGAAGAAUCAUGAGCCUAAUAUGCUUAGCAGAGGCUGAUAUUUAUUUUUAAAUGAAAUUGAAUGUGCUAAUAAUGCAUUAAGACCAAGCUGCCGUGAUUUGUAAUUUCCCUUGUGUGCUCAAGCCUUUAUGAGAAAUUUUGUCAUAAGGAGUCUUCAUGUUUCUGUUAACACAUAUUAACUAGUCCUGCUUCUUGUUUUGAAUAAAUUUGUCUUCAGUCAAUAAAUUCUAUUUUAAUCAACAAUUACAGAA